AUGGAUUUUGAAGAAUAAGAAGAUGAAUAGAUGAAUGAUAAUUUAUUUAAUAUAUAAAAAGAAGAGGAUUUGAAAAUUGAAUAUUAAUAAUUGUAAUAGAAUGACUAUGAAAAUAAGACAGGUUCAAAAUUAUUGCAAAAAAAUAAAGAAUAUUAGAAAUCAUUAUUAUAAUAUAAAUAAUAUCUUGAAAGAAAAAUUGCAAAGAAAUAAUAGCAAAUAUAAUAAUUAGAUUAGAUUUUGUAAACGAUACCUAAAUAGGAAGAAGAAAUUAAUUUUAAAGAAAAAUGCUCAGCUUAUUUAACUUUGGAAAUAUUGCAUGAUUCAAAAUAAAGGAAAAUAUUUUCAUAUGCUGUUAAUGAUUUUGAAAUGUUAAAGUAAGAGAAUCCUCCUCAUUAUGUGAAAUUAAUUUAAGAUUUAAAAAAAAAAGAUUUAAAAUUGAAGAAAUUAGAUUAUACUUCUCCAAGAUUUAGGUAAUAAUGUAAAAAGAAAUAAAAAUAACAUAUUUUGACAUAAGCAAUCUAACCAAAGAAUACUUAAAUAAGAGAACUAAUUAUAAAAGAAGUUGUAAAUUGUUUACCAAUAGAAGGGAAUGAAAUUUAAUGGUCUUUAUUACCAAUUCAUGCAACAUAAUUAUUAAAUAUAUAUACAAGUGACUAAAAUAGUAUUGAAGCUAUAGAAAUUUAUAGAGUUUGGCUUAAGAGAUAUCAUUAAUUGUACAACAAUUAAUUUACAUUAUAGGAAGAUAAUAAGCUUGUAGAAUUAGUUUAAAUGAUAGGAGAUAAUUAAUGGGCAUAUUUAGCCAAACUUAUAACAACAAAGACUUCAAUUUAAUUGAGAGAAAGAUGGUUCAAAUUUUUAAAUAAGAAUAUAAAAAGACAAAGAUGGAAAAUUUUGGAAGAUCUAAAAUUAAUAAUAUUAGUAGACUAUUUUGGUGUUGGAUAAUGGAAUAAAUUACAUCAGUUUUUCAAAAAUAGAACAGAAGUUUAAAUAAGAGAAAGGUGGUGUAAUGUAUUAGAUCCUGAGUUAGAAAUAAGACCAUGGACAGAAGAAGAAGAUUAAGAACUAUUGAGUUUGAAUCAAAAAUAUGGAAAUGCAUGGAGUGUAGUCAGUUUAAAACUAAAAAGAACUGAUAAUGAAUGUAGAAGAAGAUUUUAAUAAAUCAAAAAGUGA